GAGUUUAUUGGAUUUGGAUCCUAUCCAUUACAUAAGUAGAAUGAAGAGGAUAUGAAUCCAAUUAGCUGCUGCCCACAUAGGCAUUAUUUUUGAUAAGCAAAGAAAUUUUUUAUUGAUGAAUAAAAGCUCACAUGGGCAUUAUGACAUAUUGUAUUGACACUAUGGGCAUGAAUUCUUUCUCCGAAAAUUUUCUGAUCUCCUGUUUUAGAGCACUCACAAUCUUAUGUCUCGAGAUUCUCAUGAUAUUUCAAGUUUUUGAUAUGAUUCGAUGCAUGUGAGUAUUUUUGAGACUGGGAAGGGGUACCUUGGCCGACACUAUACACAUACACAUACGCACGCACAUUCAUACGGUUUCAUCUGAGUUUUUUUUUUUUUGAUCAGCAAAGAAAGAGCUUUAUUGAUGAAACAGAAAGAAUUACAUCAAUAAAGGAGGGGAAAGAGGAGCCGGAAGUUGGAGAGAAACCAACCACAAGCAGGAAAACAUUACAACCACUACUAGCAAAAGGUGUUCUGAAAUAAUCAGCAGAACACCUGCAGAAAACAUUACAUUCAUACGGUUUCAUCUGAGUUGAGAUCCUCUUUUCUCAUUUUUCCUCUCUUGUCACAAAUUCUCUUCGUACCUUACGAUAUUUUAAAAUAAAUCACUUUUUAAUUGGAAGUUGAGACCAUCGUAGAUGGGGAGAUUGUUUGUGACACGUGACAAAAAAAAGUGAGGACUUACAGAAGAUCUUGUGUCGUUUCUUUUAUAUAGAAGCCUAAUUUGUCAGUUAAAGAGUAACGUGUCUGCGUUUGAGAAGAUCAAUCCAAUCAAUAUCUGGAUAUGGUUGAUGAACAAGAUAGAUUGUUGCCAAUUGCCAACGUUGGUCGGAUCAUGAAGCAGAUCCUUCCACCAAGUGCCAAGAUUUCGAAAGAAGCCAAAGAGACAAUGCAAGAAUGUGCAUCAGAGUUCAUAAGUUUUGUCACUGGGGAAGCAUCUGACAAGUGUCACAAGGAGAACCGCAAAACGGUGAAUGGAGAUGACAUUUGUUGGGCUCUCAGUUCACUAGGGUUUGAUGACUAUGCUGAGGCAAUAGUCAGGUACCUGCAUAAAUAUAGGGAGUUUGAAAGAGAGAAAGCCAACCAAAACAAAGCCAGCAGCAGUACUGAAGACAAAGAUGAGGCAUCAAACUAUAAAGGUAAUAUCCAACUUAGCAAACAUACUGAUAGUCCAACUCCACUAGAGUUCAGAGUUCUUGAAAAGGGUGAAAGCUCUUGAACUUUAAAAAUCCAAUCUAGGUCUUUGUAGCAAUAAUGAAGAUGAUGAACAAGAUCAUGGAAGGGGAUGUUUUUCUGCUAUUUCUGCUCUUUGAAUUGUGAAAGAUUCAAGUAUCUAGGAAUGAUUUUUAACAAACUGUUGAAUUAACAUUGGAUCCAUCUCCUCAGCUCAAUUUAUUUAUUUAUUUUUUCUUUUUUUCUUUUUCCUUUUUGUUAUGGCUUGUGAUAUUUGGCACCAGAGGGCUGUGAAUCUUGUGAUAUUAUCUCUACUUUAAAUGGUUUUCUAU